GAUCCCUUGGUUCACACUUCUUUUUCUCCUUUGGCACAGAUAUCUUUCUCUUUCUCUCAAUCCUUCUACAUAUUUAGGGUAGCAAAUAGUUAUGUCUACGGCGGACCCACCGGCGUCAACAACCGGGGUCGGCCUUGGUUACGGCAUAGCCAUUGCUGUAAGCAUUCUUGUACUCAUCUCCACAAUCAUGCUCGCUUCCUAUGCUUGCGUAAGAGUUAAAGCUAGUGGAAGUAAUCGCAGCAGUCAUAGCAGCAGCAGCAGAAAUACGAACAAUAAUAGCAAUAUUAAUCAAGAACUGAGCCACCGGCCUAUUACCGAGAGCUUGAUGGACCCAAGUACGGUGGUUUUAGGCCUCGACGAGCCCAUUAUCGAGUCCUACCCGAAGAUUGUUCUGGGCGAAAGCCGUCGGUUGCCUAGGCCCAACAAUGGCACAUGCUCCAUUUGCUUGUCGGACUAUCAACCCAAGGAUUCCGUACGGUGCAUUCCAGAUUGCCACCAUUGUUUCCAUGUUGAUUGCAUUGAUGAAUGGUUAAGGACGAGUGCCACGUGUCCUCUGUGUAGGAAUUCCCCAGCUCCUUCUCCGGUUCCUACACCUUCUUCCACCCCUUUGUCAGAGUUGGUGUCUCUAGCCGUCCAUGGAAGGUGAUUUUGUAGUAAUAGUAAUAGAUUUCUUCGAUGAAAAAACCUAUUGAAUAUUCAUGUGUUUUUCCUUUAUUUUUUAU